CUGCUAAUUAUUCAUGGGCUCCUGCCUCUUGCUCUUUCUUUUGCACAGCCCUACAGUGCUGACUCAGUGCCUUAUUCAGUCUUGUCUCCCUCUCCACUGCUGUAGCUGGAUCUCUUGCCUUCACAACCUCUGAGCAUCUGUAUACAUCGCCAUGGCUAAAACAGCAAUAGCCUACAAAGAAAAAAUGAAGGAGCUGUCCAUGUUGUCCCUGAUCUGCUCUUGUUUCAACCCUGAGCCCCGAAACCUCAAUGCAUACACAUAUGAUGAUAUGGAGGUGAAACAGAUUAACAAGCGUGCAUCUGGCCAGGCAUUUGAACUGAUACUGAAACCCCCCUCCCCCGUCUCCGAGGCUCCCCGGAUUUUGGCCUCUCCAAAGAAGAAGGAUGUUUCACUAGAAGAUAUACAGGCAAAGCUAGAAGCUGCAGAGGAGAGAAGAAAGUCUCAGGAAGCCCAGAUCUUGAAGCAACUGGCAGAAAAACGAGAGCAUGAAAGGGAAGUUCUCCAAAAGGCUUUGGAAGAAAACAAUAAUUUUAGUAAAAUGGCUGAGGAAAAAUUGAUCCUAAAAAUGGAACAAAUUAAAGAAAACCGUGAGGCCUACCUAGCUUCCCUCUUGGAACGCCUUCAAGAAAAGGAGAGGCAUGCUGCUCUGGUCCGCAAGAACAAGGAGAUCCAGGAAGAAUUAUCUGGCUGAACACAGAUGACGACUAGUCUCCUAUUUGCCUAUAUUUACGGAUCAUGCGAUAACGAUAUGGAAAAUGUUUGACAUCACAAAUAAAAAAGAAAACCAACAAGAACUCAUUAUGAACAAAACAUAAAAAAACUUCAAAAGUGUGGUCUCUUUGCAGAAUGAUUUGCUUCAUGUUAUGAAAAAAAAAAUAAAAAAAAAGUGGGUCUUAUUUUGUAAAUAUUUACAUUUUUGUUAAAAAAUUACAAGUAUUGCAUUAUGCAAGUUAUUUCAUAAUCUUACAUGUCCUGUAACAGGCUUUAGGUGUUGUCUGUUUCUUCUGAAUCAAGUUUGCAGAAUCCUUCCAGAAUUUCGUGUCCAAUCUAAUAAUCUCAUUUCCUGCUGUUUUUCUUUGGAAAGUAAUUUACGUAUAAGUACUGAUGAGGUUAGUGGUGGUAGGAAGGCCAACUGUCACUAAGCUAUAGCACAUAUUUUGUAAGCUUUCCACUUUGUUAAUUCAGUCUUUCUAUCCUGAGUACAAUGAUGUUACUUAAUGUCAGUGUCCAGACAGAUUCUUUAUGUCAGAAAAACAAUGAAAAUCUCUUUUCCUUGUGAGUCAUGGUACAUCGUUACAGUAGUUUCCAGUGUGGGCUAAACUGCUAUUCCAUUCAUUUAUACAAUUUGUAGCACCUGGACAACAGGUAUCACUUGGGCUUCAUGUUCAAAGUCUAAAUAAAGAGCCUUUGUUUUUUUUCAUUUUAUACCAACCACUCAGAUAUUCCCUUUAUAAAGCCCCAAGUGCCACAAAAAACAAAACAAAUAGGAAGCUCUGAUUGGUUGCCAUGGAUAGCUAGGCUCCUUCAGACAUCCUCGGCCAUAAGGUCCAUUAGCAUUGUUUAGUUAUCAAGUGAAAUGCAGCCAAGAGGCAAAUAGGGUUUUGAUUUUAACACGAUACCUUUAGCAAAAACACCAGUAGAGAUAGCAAAUAAGAUGAAACAACAAUGAUGCAUAGGGGCCCUCUAAUAUGCAAAAAUGGGUCUUGUUCUCCUAGCAAUAGCUCCCUGAAAUCUGUCAUGGGGAACACGUCAAUGACGUCUGUUGCCAUCAAAGGUUUUCUUUGUACGACAUAACACAUGCUCUUAACAAUACCUCUAUGUGAGAUCUGUAAGAUUACUUGUUCUACCAGGAGAAACUUGCCUUUUUCUCAGCAGUAUGAGGGUUACCUUUUUAAGCAAAAAAAAUAACCUGAAUAUGUAACCAGUAAAUCUACAGGGAUCAUUAGACAGGGUGCACGUGCCAAGUGUGGAAUUGCCUAACAGCCGCAGAGUGUCAAACAUAGUUGCGAUUUUGAAAUUGUUUCUUGCCCCAUUGAAAUUGCUGCCUGCAUAUUCUACUCUUCAUUAGUGCUAUUUCCUGUAUGUCAUUGUGAGCAAGCUGUGGUUAAUAAAGAAUUGGGGUUCUGAGAUCUUA